GCUAGCGGUCUACGACAUCGAGGACCUAGUCAAGGACGGCCACGAGACCCACACCUGCCCGUACCAUGCCGCUUUGGACCUGACGGCCGAGGGAGCGGGCCUUGUCCUUGCAACAUAUCCGCAGCUUUUAGAUCCCUGUGUGCGGGAGACCAGCAGCUUCAGCGCCGUACUUCAG